AUGGCGGCCCAAGAAACAAACACCACCAACGGCAAUGGCCAACCAGACAACCGCGUCGUCUUCUUCUUUGACAUUGACAACUGCCUCUAUCCCAAGAGCGCCAAAGUCCACGACCUAAUGGCCGACCUAAUCGACCAAUACUUCCAACGCCACCUCAACCUCCCCAAGGAGGACGCCGUCCGGCUGCACAAGGAGUACUACCAAAACUACGGCCUGGCCAUCGAAGGGCUCGUCCGACACCACCAGAUCGACCCGCUUGAGUACAACGCCAAGGUGGACGACGCGCUGCCGCUGGACAACAUCAUCAAGCCCAGCGAUUCGCUCAAGAAGCUGCUGGCGGAUAUCGACAAGAGCAAGGUCAAGCUGUGGCUGUUUACGAACGCGUACAUCAACCACGCGAGACGGGUGGUCAAGUUGCUGGAGAUUGAGGAGUUCUUUGAGGGCAUCACGUUCUGCGAUUAUAGCCAGACGCCGCUGGUUUGUAAGCCGCAUGAGGAUAUGUUUAGGAAGGCGAUGGGGGAGGCGGGGGUGGAGAGGUCGGAGGAUUGUUAUUUUGUUGAUGAUUCCUACUUAAAUUGCAAGAAGGCGCAGGAGCUGGGGUGGACGACGGCGCACUUGGUGGAAGAGGGCGUGAAGCCACCGAAGACGCCAGCGUCCAAGUACCAAAUAACCACGCUGGAGGAGUUGCGGACGGUAUUCCCAGAGCUCUUCAAGAAGGACGAGCAAUGAGGGUUUGGUGGUAUGAUGGGGAGGAGUAUGUACGGCUCAGCAAUGAUAGAUCAGGGAGUUGGAUCUUGCAUAUGUGGCUGGAAAUCGUUCAGUUUUGUUUCCCUUCGGACUCUCUUUGUCCCCUUCCUUCGAAGGUGCAUGUGUAUUGUGACGCGAAAGCCAAGUAUUCUUUCCUUCUUGUACUAAUUCCCCUAAAAACGCCGUUAUUCCCAAUCCCCUAAGGAAGAGCAUAUCCCGUACUUAGUCGCUUAAACCAAA